AUGACACCAAGGAAAGCUUCCUGCGCGGGAUGUCGCGGUGUAGUGGCUAAAGACGGCGCUUAUAUGAAGUGUACUCAAUGUAAGCAAAUUUUUGACUUAUUUUGUGCAAAUUUUAGUCCUGAAAAGUUUGCUACUUUUUCGGUGGAAUUUAAGAGGUCCUGGAUAUGCGUUGAAUGUUGCAGUAGACUACAUAAGGGCGAAAAUUCACAGACCCCUGUACGCACGCAUCAAAUCUUAGACCAAAGUAUGUCUAGUCCUACCGAAAAUGUCAAUAUGCUCCGUGGCGGAACUCUGUUUACGCAAGGUCCUAAGCAGAACCCAACAUCAAACUAUGUUCUGAACGAAAUGAAAGAAACCGUCAUACUGGAAUUGAGAAAAAUGCAAGCCAAUUUUGAAGAGCAGCUAAUUGAAGAAAUUUAUAGAUUACUUGCUGAGCAAUUUUUAGGGCUAAAAAAUGAAUUUUUAGAAAAAAUCAAUAUGAUGACGAGUAAAAUCGAACAAUUAGAAGUGACGCUUAUGACAAAAGCAGACACAUAUAAAGAUGCCAUAACAAAGAAUUUGCCUUUAAAUCCAACAACAAUAAAAGUUGUUACUAAAACUAAAACUCAGUCCCAGACGAAAGCCAAGCCUGUCGUACAAAUUGAAAAACCAAGUAACUCGCUCGCAGCUUCAGUACCUGAUGCUGAUAGAACUAUCCAGAAGUCCCGCACCACAUCUACACCUGCAGCUAGCAAUCCUAACACUGAUAACCUCGAUAAAGGUGGAUGGGUGGAGGUGAGACGCAGGCGGUCGUGA